AACCACAUCAACAGCAGGAUGCUCGUCCAGCUGUUACACUAAAACUCACACUGCGGGUUGUUCACGCGUCUGUGCACCCGCACCGCCAUGCGUGGAGAGAGCACGCCCCCCGCUGCUGCGGAGCUAACAGGCUAGCAGGCUAACAGGCUAACACGCUAGCUGUCAGAAUGAGGCUUUGUUAAACUUUAUCGACACCUGCGCUUCGUGACAUCAACAGUCAGACAACAUGGACUCACUGCUGGACUUUGAGGAGUGUGUCAUCGACUCACCUGCGUUCAGACUGAACCUGGAUCAGUUUGAAAAAGAAGUUUCUCUGCUGGAGACAAACGUGGACAUGGUGAUGAAGCUGUGCGGCAGGAUGGUGGAGGCGGGACAAGCGUACAGCUCAGCCAAUCAGCUGUUCCUGAGCAGCCUGGCCGAGCUCUCCAUUUGCCAGAGGAAGGAGAACGUCAUCACAAACUGCCUGAACCAGUUCAACCAGGGUCUGCAGGAGAUGGUCAGCUUCCACACUAUGUUGUUUGAUCAGACUCAACGAGCCAUCAGUCAACAGCUGACCAACAUGUGCACACAGUUCCUCCCCCAGCUGGCAGACACCAGGCGGGAGUUUGUUCGGAUCAGUGAGGACCUGGAGACGGCGGCGGUGAAGAACGCUCAGGUGUCUCGCCACAAGGGCGGCGACGCAGAGCGGGCCAGUCACCUGCUGCUCGCCACGCGGAAAUGCCACCAGCACUUCGCCCUGGACUACUGUCUGCAGCUCAACACUUUCAAAACUCAGCAGAGGGCGGAAAUCCUAAACUCUGUCUUCUCCUUCAUUCAGGCUCAGUCCACUUUCUUCCAUCAAGGCUUCGACCUGAUCAGAGACCUGGAUCCCACCAUGAAGACCAUGGCAGCACAGUUGUCCCAGCUGUCCACAGAGUGUGCGGUUAAAAGAAAAGACCUGGAGAACAAACACCUGCUGGUGCAGCAGAGAGAUGCCUCGGGCGAGCCGAUGGUCAGCCCGUGUCCUGGCAGUGAUGACAUCAUCCAGGGUUAUCUGUUCAAGCGGUCCAGGAGGAAAUCCAAAAUCUGGAAGAGAUGCUGGUUUUCCAUCAGAGACAAUCAACUCAGUUACAGAAAGUCACACAAGGACCAGGCCCUGCUUCUGUUUGAGGAUCUCCGGCUCUGUGCCGUCAGGAGCUCGGAUCACAUGGAGCGGCGCUUCUGCUUCGAGCUGCUCUCCGUCCAGAAGUGCUGUGCGCUGCAGGCCGACUCGGAGCAGCUGAAGCAGGCGUGGCUCGCCGCGCUGCAGGCCAGCAUCGACCACGCCUACCGGGAGCGAGCCGGCGCUCCACUCACUCAGCCUAAAGAGCCCCCCUCUCUCCUGUGUGGUGGGAGUGACCCUCCGGGCCCCCCCGCCCAGAGGCUGGCGGCCCUGGGCGUGGCCCUCGGGGGCCGCGGGAACCGGCGCUGCUGUGACUGCGGCCAGGAGGAGCCGCGCUGGGCCUCCAUCAACCUGGGAGUCACCAUGUGCAUCGAGUGCUCCGGCAUACACAGGAGCCUGGGUGUUCACCUGUCCAAGGUCCGAUCCCUCACCCUGGACUCGUGGGAGGCUGAACAGCUGAAGCUUCUCUGUGUUCUGGGAAACGAUGUCAUGAACCAGAUCUACGAGUCUCGAUGUUCAGAAGAAGGACGAGUGAAACCUUCGGCCGGCAGCUCGCGAGCCGAGAAGGAGACGUGGAUCAAAGAGAAAUACGUGGAGAAGAGAUUUGUGCGGAACAGUAAAUCGGACUCAGAUCAGCGUCACAAGGUCGAGGCCGGGCUGCGUCUGUACCAGGCGGCGUUGGACGGAGACCCGGUUGCCAUGGCAGUGGCACUGGCUGAGGGGGCGGAGGUCAACGGCAGCAUCGCGGAGGAGGAGGGACGCACGGGGCUGAUUGGAGCGGCUGUCGGGGGGUCACUGUUGGCCUGUGAGUUCCUGCUGCUUAACGGAGCUAACGUCAACUACCGAGACCUGAGAGGACACGGAGCGCUGCACGCUGCUGCCACCGCUGGACACACUGGGCAGGUGUGUCUGCUGUUGAAGAGAGGAGCCAAUCAGUACGCUGUGGACGAGAGAGGACAGGACCCGUUGGCCAUCGCCGUGGAAACAGCCAACGCUGACAUUGUCACGCUGCUGCGGAUGGCCAGGAUGAACGAGGAGAUGCGAGACUCAGAAGGAGUCUUUGGAUCCGUGGGGGACGACCAGACGUUUCGGGACAUCUUCCGAGACUUCAGCGACAUGGCGUCUCACGACCCGGAGAAGCUCAGCCGGCGGCGGUUCAGCCGGGGGGGAGAGGAGACUGAGCGGGACGAGGAGGAGGAGGAGAGAGGAAGAACGGGUGGAGCAGGAAAACCGGUGAACAGGAAACUCUGUGAUGAAAAGACGUCGGAGUGACCGGUCCUGGCGCUGGAGGCGUGUCGGUCUGCAGGCUCCUCCCCUAACCCAGUCGAGUCCCCGGACCUCAUCUCAACAUGAAGAAGAGUUUACAGAUUUCUACACAUGAACCUAGAAUAACGAGACUAUCACGUUUAUAUUCUAAUGACAGUUUCACGUUAUUUACUUCAUGUUCAGUGACUGUGUGUGAGCAGUGUUACAGAGGAGGAGGCGGAGCUUACACUGAUCAUUCAAUUCAUCAUCAAUUCAUCCGUUUCAUUUCAAAGUGUUUUGUCCGACAGUGAAAAUCCAGCUCGUUGAAAACCAGCGACAAUUAUUUACAUCCUGGAAGCUGGAGAAUCUUUCUCCUUCAUCACAUCCUCCGGGGAACUGUGACGUGUUUGUUUCAAAAUGUUUUAGUGAUUUUAGACUUAAAAUAUGUAUAUUUAAUUAUUAAUUAAUUAUCAUACAAGGAAAUAUAAAAAGCUACAGCUGCAAAGUAUGAAAUCAUGAUUGAGCUCCUCAUCCCUACUGGUUUUAAUUCAUGUCCUGUCAUACCUGUCAUGAAACAGGGAAGUUACAUUACAGAAGUUACUUUCUGGGUAAUAAGUUACAUUCUGUGCUUUCUAAAUUUAAUUUGGUUGAACUGGAUCCAUGAUCUGCAGAAACUGUUGGAAGUGACUUGAUCUGCAGUGGAUUGGAUCUCAGCUCGAGCAGGAAGUUGAGUUAGUGUUGAAGUCGGCUUGUGUUUGGAUGAGUGGUCACAUGGUCACUGAACCUGUUUCCCAUUAUAACACAAACUUCACUUUCCAGCGACGGAUCUUUAAUGGUUUUAAUUUGAAAAGGUUCAAACCUUCUGACAGUUUCCACGUCAGCUUGUUUUCUUGUUUGAUGUUUUCUGUGUUGUUCUCUAACCCGUGUUCAGAAGAAGGGAACUGAGGUUCUGAGGUUCUGAAGGUUCUGAAGGUUCUGAAGGAUUUCAGAACCACAGAAACAAAAGCACUGAACAGAAUCAGAUCACACGUCCACUGACAUUUUAUUCAGACGUGUUAAUAAUCUUUAAUAAACGUUUCAGAUUCAUGUGACUGAAGCAGACGAGUGGAUCCAACUCAGAUCAAAACAUUUCACUGUUACUAACGUGAAGCUGUUUAAUAAAAACUAUUAAUACA